AGAAGCUGAAGUUCAUCAUCUAGGUAUGGUUCAGCACUUGCUUCUGACAAUCGAGGCCUAGACUCUCAAAUUUGACGCUUCGCACUAGCUAUAAAGCAACACAAGUCAUCUUCAGGUGUUUUUGUUGUAGAGCUUUUAUGUGUGCUCCUUCUUCUUUUUUGCCUUUUGAGAAUCCUUUGUACUGUUCAUAUACACUAGUGUUCUGCUCGUUCUCACCGUCGUUGUCAUCUGGAAUAACGUCACUCUAGUCAACGACCAUCCCGAUUAAGCCAGAGCCACCACUGUAAUUCGAUCCCCUUUCAGUACCCUGUUGCAUAUUUACCUGCAAUAAAAAGUACCAGAUUGUCUUUUGGGGCAUUUGCUCCGAUUACACCAGACGAGACGCAAUGAACGAGUGCCAGGAUCAGUUUCCCCUACAUACCGCUGCCCGAGAAGGAAGAGUCUCGGUUGCAGAGACCAUCCUCAAGACAGAGCCCAUGCUCGCUACUCGGGAGGACGAGGAUCGCAGGCUACCGAUUCACUGGGCCGCAUCAUCCAACUGUAUUGACAUUGUUAUACUGCUUGCGCAACACCGCAGCUUCGAUCCCGACGUCCAGGACGGCAGCGGCUGGACGCCACUUAUGAUUGCUGCAAGCCUUAAGGACGGCGAAGCCCUCGUCAAUUUACUGCUUCAAAAGGGAGCCGAUGUCAACCUUAAGAAUCACAACGGACAGAAUGUUCUUCAUUUUGUGGCUUCAAAGAAUAAUCUAGAUGUUGCGAGGACGCUCAUCAGUCACGAUCCUCCGGUGUCUACCAGAGUUCGUGAUAAACGCGGUCAAUACGCCAUCCACAGAGCUGCGGCCAUAGGCUCAGUUCCUAUGGUGAUGCUCCUGAUCAAGAACAAGAGCCCCCUCAACGCUACUGACGCUUCGGGCUACACGGCGCUUCACCAUGCCGUUGCCGAAGGUCAUGGUAUGUAUUGCUUAGCAUACAAUCUUCGUUUGUAAACGACGGGCCGCCUGCUUAUACGUGGCAUUAGGUGACACAGCAAUGUCCCUACUUAAAGCUGGAGCAGAGGUCGACAAGAGGGAUAAUGAUGGUUACCUGGCCUUGGACUUGGCCCCCGACAAGGAGGUUCGCCGCUACAUCGAGCGUUCCGCCGAGG